UUUACUUCAUUAUUUACUCUUAAAAUACUACAGUAAAUAUUUAAACACCCAUAAUUUUUUCAGAUCAACGAUUCACAGAUCAAACCACGAUUCUUACUAUAUUGACUUGGACUCAAGAGCACAUGGCGUUGAUGCAAAUUCAUUGAACGUUGUCAUCAACUUCCUGUUUUUCAUGGCAUAAAUCAGAGAAACUUCCUCAAUUCAGUCACUGUGUCUCAGCGGCAGCCAAAAUGUCUUUUGUGGACACUCUGCGACAGUGGGAUGACGGCGUAACCUGUGCUGACAAACAGGAUUUUUCGGAAGCUCUCCGGAUUCUCUUGGCCAUUCCUGAGCCAAACUCCAAGAUUUGUUUCAACAUCGGCUGUCUGCAUCUGCUUAACCAGAACUUGGAUGAUGCUGAAAAGGCGUUCGAUUGCAGCAUUCGCAAGGAUGAGCAUUUGGCAGUGGCUUUCUUUCAAAGAGGAAUCACCUUUUAUAAGAAGAUGAGGUACGAAGAGAGCAUUGGUGACUUCCAGAGAGCCUUCAAAACGCUAAGAGGAAACAACCUGAUCGAUUACAAGGCCCUUGGUCUCAGAUAUAUUCUAUAUGCAUGUGAGGUUCUCCACAACAUGGCCCUGGCUGAGGCUCAGCUGGGAAACUGGGAAAAGGCUGAGCAAAACCUCAGGAAGGCGCUUGACUACAAAACAGACGCCAAGCUCAGUGUCAUCGAAAAAGCUCAGCAGGCAGUCCUGAAGGAGAAGCUGUUCAAACUAGUGGAGUUCCCAUCAAAAAUGAUGUUUAAACCAAAUAAACAUUACGUUGCAGAGCUGGAGAAGAAAGACUACCUGGGCAAAGCCAAAGUUGUUGCCUCUGUCAAUCCACAAGACGAUUUUUCUGGAUUUGCUCCUCUGCAGCCACAGGUUGAAGAUGGUCCACUUUCUCCAAGAGAACCAGAAGUUUUAAGAGCCUUGGAAGGUGAACCCCACACUGUACUGUUUGAGUUUGUUCCUGAAACCUGCGACGAGCUGGCCGUGAAGCCCGGCAACAUGGUGUUCGUGCUGCAGAAAGGGGCAGACAACUGGGCCUAUGUCAUCUUCAAUGGAAGAACGGGACUCGUACCGUACAAUUACCUGGAGCGUCAGGAGAUCUCUCUGGCUUUAAAACAGAAAAAGGGUUUGGUUCCAACUUCAAGUCGAGAAGCACCGAAUAUACCGGAGAGGACUCGAGGUCUCAGUUCUGGGAACGACAGCAAUGGAAAUGAAGAGCAGACGGUUCCAGACAGUUUAUACAUCGUCAAAGUUCACUUCACAUUCACCUUUGCUGUCUCAAUACCACGUGAGUCUUCCUAUGAAGUGCUGAUAAGAAAAAUAAGCAAGAAGGUGAAGCUCCCGUCAGACAACAUCUCCUUAAGCUUAGAUUCAAGCGGACAACGUGCGAUUGAUGCAAACACAGACAUGGAAACGGUGUGGAGCCAGGUCCGUGCCGGGCGCAUCACUUUGUGGUGCAAAGAAAAGAAGCAGGAGGAGGGGGAGGAAACUCACAAAGUGGCGCUUCACUCAUACCAGUCUGCAAAUCCAGAAGAUCUGAACUUUAAGGAAGGGGAUGAAAUCACAGUCCUUGCAAGAAUUAACCAGGACUGGCUGGAAGGACGGUGUAAUGGGAGUACUGGGAUAUUUCCUGCAUCUUUUGUGAAAUAAGUUCCUGUGAAUGGCCAGUAAUUUGUGCUAAUAUUUUUUGCACAUAAUUUCCCACAGUCGUAAAAAAAGAUUGGAAUGAUAGCAGCAGAAUCAUAGUUAUUGUGUAAAUAGAUUUAUUGUAAAAACAUUUAGCAGGUACAUCUCUUGAAGAAUUACUUUAAUCCAUUUGCAUGAUUUGUCCACGAACAAUGGAGGAGCUCUGCUGGUGAUUAUGAAGAAGAUCCUUCCUCCUCGUAGGCUAUAGCGAUGCCUCUCCGGCCCUCCACUGCCUUCACCACAGGCGUCUCUCCCAGCUUCUGCUCCAAACCACGCCAGCUCCGACUCGCCAAAAAGGAUGCUGAAGAAAAUGAAAGAAACACUUCAGUUUUGAGUUUUUUUCAUCCUUUGAAUUCUUUAAAACCAGAUUAACCAUUUUGUGCUUCUGUAAUAUUCCUGUGAUAACAAAAACCAAACAAUAAACCGUUCUUAGAAACGUGUAGCUGGGA